GUCAGUUACCUGUUGUUUACGAAUUGAAGUAUAAUAUACAGGUUGUCAAAAAAAAUUCCUCAAUUCAAUUUUUAUAUUAUUUCAGAAUAAGAAGUUUUUGUUGAGACUAUUUCUUGGUAAACUCUGCUUAAAGUUUGUAAAACUGAAGUAUACGCGAACAAAGUCUUGGGUAACCGCUAACAUUGAAUAGGCGAUGAUAGAUCUUCAAAUUAUUAUUCACGGUAUAUCCUGUGUUUCCUAUUCUGGAGUUACCUUUAUUGAUAACCUAGUUCCCAAUUCGAGGGCAAUGAACUAAUUAUGCUGAAUAGUCCUUCAUCAUGACACUGGUACAGCCUGGUCCGGAAUUGCAGAUCCACAUCAGAAAAGAACUCAAUGAAGAUAUUAAAACUAGAGAUAGUGAUUUACAGCACAUUAAAGACUGGUUACUCAAACAACCCCAUUUACCAGACACUUGGGAUGAACAACGGCUUAUGACUUUCUUGCGAGGGUGCAAAUUUUCGUUGGAAAAAUGUAAAAGGAAAUUGGAUAUGUACUUUACUAUGAGAACUGCAGUCCCAGAAAUAUUCUCCAAUCGAAAUAUAAGAAACCCAGAGUUGAAGCUAGUCGUUGAAGUGGGUCAGAUACCUCCUUUGCCAGGACUAACUCCUGAUGGUAGAAGAGUUGUUGUUCUUCGGGGUAAAACAGAUCAAGUGGAAACAUAUGACAUUGCAGAUAUUAUGAAAGUAGUUCUCAUGAUAGGUGAUGUUCGUCUGGAAGCGGAAGAGACUGGUGUUGCUGGAGAUGUUUAUAUCUUAGAUGCAAGUGUAGCCACUCCCACCCAUUUUUCAAAAAUCAAUCCAUCGAUGGUUAAAAAAUUUUUAGUCAUUACCCAAGAAGCUUAUCCAGUUAAACUCAAAGAAGUUCAUGUUGUCAACGUUUCUCCAUUGGUAGAUACAAUCAUCAGCUGGGUGAAACCGUUCUUGAAAGAGAAACUGAAGAAUAGAAUUUUCGUUCAUUCGGAUCAGGAAUCGUUACACAAAUAUAUACCAAAGGAUGUGUUACCGGAAGAGUAUGGAGGUACAGCAGGAAAACUACAAACUUUCCACGAUCAGUGGAUGAAAAAACUUGAAGAAUACACUCCCUGGUUCGAAGCUCAAGAAAAUAUCAAGGCUGAUGAAUCAAAACGUCCAGGAAAACCAACAAAUUAUGACGAUCUGUUUGGUUUAGAUGGAAGUUUCCGACAACUCACAAUUGAUUAGAUAAUUUUUCUUACUUAUUUUUGUUCAUGAUAUUUCUCUAAAUGUUGUACUUCCACUAGUUCUCAUUUUUACCAAAGUAUUUUCUAAUUGUAUAUUCAAAUCAUUCAUAUUCCUGUUUGUCUUUGUGGCAAUAAGAAAAGUUGUUUUGUUUUAUUGAAAAAACAGUUAAAUGGUUCAUAUAAAUCAUAUUACUCUGCCAAUGAUUGUGAUCAUGAAAUAUACACUAUUGAUAAUAAAAGUUACAGUUUGAAUU